AUGGAUAUAAUUAUCACUAUGGUGGGUGGGUCCCACACCGUGAGGGUGAACCCACAGGACACAGUUGGCUCUCUGAAAAUAAAAAUCCAGAGCAUGCUGGGAGUCGACCCCCAGAGGCAGAGGCUGGUUUUCAUAAACGGCCAGAAGACCCCUCUCAACGACGACUCCAAACCCAUCAGCUACUACGGCUUACAGCACGGCUCCCAGGUGUCCCUGCUGGUCACCGAGCCUCCUCCACCUGCUCCCAUCCAGGUGUUCCUCAGAAAUGAAAAGGGACAGAUGAGCACCUACGACAUCAGGCUCGACGAGACUGUGAGCAACUUCAAGAACAGAGUCAAGAAAAGACAGAGGGUGCCAGCGAGCCAGCAGAGGCUCAUUCACCAAGGCCGGGAGAUGCAGGGUGGCAAACUGGAGGACUACAAUAUCAGAAACCACAGCACCAUCGACUUGACUUUACGUCUGAGAUGCAUGGUCUGUGUUCAUUAA